AUGCCACCCAAGACCAAAGAAAAAGGGAAGAAAACCGGGGCACAGAAGAAAGAGGAUGCGGGUGCUGAUGUGGAGGCCGAGUCCGCGCACAGGCGGACAGUGCUGGAGAAGGAGCUGCUCCAAGACCACUUGGCUCUUCGGAGGGAUGAGGCCCGCCGGGCCAAAGCUUCUGAAGAGCAGCUGAGGCAGAGGCUGCAAGUGCUGGAGGCUGAGUUGGAGGAGGCCCGAAGUGAGGGGAAGGCCAUCUAUGCAGAGAUGAGUCGUCAGUGCCGGGCCCUGCAGAAGGAAAUGGAGAUCCACAGCAGGAAGCUGGAGGAAGAAGUGACGGGCCUUCGGGAGCAGCUGGAGAUGUGCCAGAGGGAGGCCGAGGCUGCACGGCAAGAGGCUGAGCAGGCCCUCAGAGAGCGGGACCAGACCCUGGCUAAGCUUCGGGCCCACGUGGCAGACAUGGAGGCCAAGUAUGAGGAAAUCUUACAUGGCAGCCUGGACCAACUCUUGGCCAAGCUGAGAGCUCAAGCCUCAGUGGGACAGGGCUGUGCUGAGACUUCACGCCAAGUACAAGGAGCAGCUCCACCAGUUUGGACUCAACCCCCUGGAUCUUUGAAGCUGUAA